CAUUUAUAUGGUUUAACCACGUAAACACUAUGGCAGCACCCGAAGAAGACGGGGAUCCCCAAUCCGUUUCUACACCCCUUAACGAUGCUGAAAUCAGCAUACUAAAGAGUUUCGGAAUUGGACCUUAUACCGAAUCUAUUAGUGAAUCUGAGAAAGGCAUAAAAACAGUAGUACAACGUAUAAAUAAGCUGUCAGGCAUAAAGGAGAGUGACACGGGUUUGAACCCACUCCAUAUGUGGGAUUUGAUGUAUGAUCAACAAGCUCUACAAGAAGGAGUGCCACUGCAAGUUGCAAGAUGUACAACUAUCAUUAACCCUGGAACGCCUCAAGCCAAAUAUGUAAUCAACGUUAAACAAAUCGCCAAAUUCGUAGUGGGUCUUGGAGAAAAGGCUGCAGCUACCGAUAUAGAGGAGGGUAUGAGAGUUGGGGUUGACCGUAAUAAAUAUAAAAUACAAAUCGCGUUACCUCCACGUAUCGAUCCUUCAGUUACAAUGAUGACCGUUGAAGAAAAGCCAGAUAUUACAUAUAACGAUGUUGGAGGUUGUAAAGUACAGUUGGAGAAAUUGAGAGAAGUCGUCGAAAUGCCACUUUUGUAUCCGGAGCGUUUUGUAGAAUUGGGUAUAGACCCGCCGAAAGGUGUGCUUCUUUACGGACCACCAGGGACGGGUAAAACAUUAACAGCAAGAGCAGUAGCUAACAGGACUGAUGCUUGCUUCAUAUGUGUUAUCGGUUCGGAACUAGUUCAAAAAUAUGUUGGUGAAGGAGCAAGACUAGUAAGAGAACUUUUCCAAAUGGCAAGAUCGAAAAAAGCUUGCAUUCUUUUCAUCGAUGAAGUAGAUGCAAUCGGUGGAUCACGUGGAGAUGAAUCCGCACAUGGAGAUCAUGAAGUACAACGUACGAUGUUAGAAAUUGUUAACCAGCUUGACGGUUUCGAUGCAAGAGGAAACAUCAAAGUUAUCAUGGCAACCAACAGACCUGAUACUCUGGAUCCUGCACUACUUCGACCAGGACGUAUCGAUCGUAAAAUAGAAUUUGGACUGCCAGACCUUGAUGGACGAAAACAUAUAUUCAAAAUUCACGCGAAAACCAUGAGUGUUGAAAAGAAUAUAAGAUACGAACUAUUAGCAAGGUUAUGCCCAAACAGUACAGGAGCAGAUUUAAGAAGUGUAUGCACUGAAGCUGGAAUGUUUGCAAUCAGGUCAAGGAGGAAAACCAUAACAGAAAAGGAUUUCAUAGACGCUAUCACUAAAGUCAUACAAGGCUACAAGAAAUUUUCAGCUACAGGCCGUUAUAUGGUGUACAAUUAAUCUUAAUCUAUUAUUGUAUUAUUUG